CAGGAGCCGCCUCGUCAUUUCCGCCAGGAGAAAAAGACACCGGCGCGGCAGCCGCGGCCGCGGAGAGCCGCGGGAGCCGCUGGGCACGAGAGCGGGCAGAGUCGAGCCAGUGCCCCGCUCGCCACCGCCAAGGACCGACCUCUCAGCGGGACCGGGAGCUGCCGCCGCUGCCCGCGGGUUCGCGGGGGCGGGAGGCGUCGGAGCGUGCCGCCCCCUUCUCCCCCUUCCUCCUCCUCCUCCUCCUCCUCCCCUUCCCCGCCGAGCCGGCAACAUGAACUGAAAUCCCCAGAGAGGCACAGAGGCGGCGAGCGAGCGAGCGGAGCGAAGGCAAGCGGGGAUAUAGCGGCUCUCUCUCCCGCCGCCGGGAUUCCGGGCAGCGCGGUCCCCCCGCCCCGCACAGGCUCGCCCCUCGCCCGGAGAGCGGCGGCCGCCCGAGCCCCGCGCCCCCGAGCCGCCCAUGGCCCUCAUCAUGGAGCCCGUCAGUAAGUGGUCGCCGAGCCAGGUCGUCGACUGGAUGAAAGGUCUUGAUGAUUGCCUGCAGCAAUAUAUAAAGAACUUUGAGAGAGAGAAGAUUAGUGGUGACCAGCUAUUACGAAUUACUCAUCAGGAACUGGAAGAUCUUGGAGUCACACGAAUUGGCCAUCAGGAGCUUAUCUUGGAAGCAGUAGACUUACUCUGUGCACUGAACUAUGGUUUGGAAACAGAAAAUCUAAAAACCCUUUCUCACAAACUGAAUGCAUCUGCCAAAAAUCUCCAGAACUUCAUUACUGGGAGGAGGAGGAGUGGUCACUAUGAUGGAAGGACCAGUCGCAAAUUACCAAAUGAUUUUCUGACAUCAGUAGUGGAUCUGAUUGGAGCAGCAAAAAGUCUUCUGGCUUGGUUGGACAGAUCACCUUUUGCUGCUGUCACAGAUUACUCAGUAACAAGAAAUAAUGUCAUACAACUCUGUCUGGAACUAACAACAAUAGUACAACAGGAUUGCACAGUAUAUGAAACAGAGAACAAAAUUCUUCAUGUGUGUAAAACUCUCUCUGGCGUCUGUGAUCACAUUAUCUCGCUCUCUUCUGAUCCACUGGUUUCCCAGUCUGCCCAUCUCGAGGUGAUCCAGCUUACAAACAUCAAGCCAAGUGAAGGGCUGGGUAUGUACAUUAAGUCAACAUAUGAUGGUCUUCAUGUAAUUACUGGAACAACAGAAAAUUCACCUGCAGAUCGGUGCAAGAAAAUCCAUGCUGGGGAUGAAGUGAUUCAAGUUAACCACCAAACUGUGGUGGGGUGGCAGUUGAAAAAUUUGGUGAAUGCACUACGAGAGGAUCCGAGUGGUGUUAUCUUAACUUUGAAAAAGCGACCUCAGAGCAUGCUUACCUCAGCACCAGCUUUACUGAAAAAUAUGAGAUGGAAGCCCCUUGCUCUGCAGCCUCUUAUUCCUAGAAGCCCUACAAGCAGUGUUGCUACUCCAUCCAGCACUAUCAGCACACCGACAAAAAGAGACAGCUCUGCCCUUCAGGAUCUCUACAUACCUCCUCCUCCAACAGAACCUUAUGUUCCAAGGGAUGAAAAGGGAAAUCUCCCCUGUGACGAUGUUGGCAGACAUAUAGUGGGCAAACCGGUUCAUACAGGAUCUGAAUCUCCAAACUCGUUUCUGGACCAAGAAUAUCGGAAACGCUUCAAUGUGGUUGAAGAAGAUGCAGUUUUGUACUGCUACGAGUAUGAGAAAGGAAGAACAAGUGGUCCUGGAAGGAGAGAGAGCACACCGACAUAUGGGAAGCUGAGGCCUAUUUCUAUGCCAGUAGAAUAUAACUGGGUGGGAGAUUAUGAAGACCCCAAUAAAAUAAAAAGAGAUACCAGGAGAGAAAAUUCAUUGCUUCGCUAUAUGAGCAAUGAGAAAAUAGGUCAAGAGGACUACAUGUUUCAAAGGAAUAGCAAAAAGGAUACUGGGAAAAAGUCCAAAAAGAAGGGAGACAAGAGCAGUAGUCCAAGUCAUUACUCACUGUUGCCUAGUUUACAAAUGGAGUCGUUGAGACAAGAAGUCAUGGGCACACCUGGACCAGAAACUGCUUUGUACCAUACAUUUCAACAGUCUUCUCUACAGCAGAAAAGUAAAAAGAAGAACAAAGCUCCUAUUCCUGGUAAAAGCAAAAGACGGAUCUCAUGUAAAGAUCUUGGUCGAGGGGACUGUGAAGGCUGGCUUUGGAAAAAGAAAGAUGCCAAGAGUUAUUUCUCCCAAAAAUGGAAAAAGUACUGGUUUGUCCUGAAGGACACAUCUCUAUAUUGGUAUAUCAACGAAGAGGAUGAAAAAGCAGAAGGAUUCAUCAGUCUACCUGAAUUUAAAAUUGACAGAGCCAGUGAAUGCCGCAAGAAAUAUGCAUUCAAAGCCUGCCAUCCUAAGAUCAAAAGUUUUUAUUUUGCUGCUGAACAUCUAGAUGAUAUGAACAGAUGGCUCAACAGAAUUAACAUGCUUGCUGCUGGCUAUGCAGAAAGAGAGAGGAUCAAACAAGAGCAAGAUUACUGGAGCGAGAGUGACAAGGAGGAGGCUGACACUCCAUCAACCCCGAAGCAGGACAGCCCCCCGCCCCCGUACGACACGUACCCACGGCCACCUUCGAUGAGCUGCACAAGCCCCUACGUGGAGCCCAAGCACAGCCGCCUGUCGUCCACGGAGACGUCCCAGUCGCAGUCGUCGCACGAGGAGUUCCGCCCGGAGGUGGCCGGCAGCGCCACCGAGUCCCCGGUGCGCAAGACGGCGAGCCAGCGGCGCUCCUGGCAGGACCUCAUCGAGACGCCGCUCACGAGCUCGGGACUGCACUACCUGCAGACGCUGCCGCUGGAGGACUCGGUGUUCUCCGAGGUGGCCGUGGUGUCCCCCGAGCACCGGCGGCAGUCGACCUUGCCCACCCAGAAGUGCCACCUGCAAGACCACUACGGCCCCUUCCCUCUGGUGGAGGGUGAGCGGAUGCAAGUGCUGAACGGGAACGGGGGAAAGCCCCGAAGUUUCACUCUGCCUCGGGACAGCGGCUUCAACCAUUGCUGCCAGAGCCUCUCGGUCGGUGCUGCCGACCACCACGAAGAAGCACAGCAGAAGGAGGUGGAGGAGGAAGAGGAAGAGGAAGGCAAACCAGCAGAAGAAAACCAGGAAGAUAAAAGUCCACAAAGAUUCUCGAGUUCUCAAGCCCUAGCUUAUGGAAGUGUGUAAUGUCAGUGUGGUUGCAAUUCACAUGAUCUCCUAGCUCUGUAUCUUAUCCUUCACCCAACAUUGCACAACGCUGGACUGUCAGCUAGGAGAACGAAAGGAGCCAGAUUGUGUUGUGCCACCUCUUUUUCUAGUUCACGCAUAAGUUGCCACCAGGAUAUUUUUCUGUGUUUGUAGCACGUUUGGUGGAUUUGGGGCACAUUCUUUGCUUCCAUUCUCCUCAUUCAUGUGACCCUUUCCCAGUGCUUCCAAAUGAGCUAAUGUGUCUUCAACAUGGAGAAAACCAACUAAGUUGGUUAGGAUGUGUAUUGUUCUCUUGUUUUAUUUGUGGGUUGUUUGGGGGUUUUUUAAUUGGUCUUUGUUCUGUUCUUUUUAAAAAAAACAUAUCUACAAAAAGAGAAUAUAUAACUUUCUGCCCUAAAUACCUCUUUUGCAUCAGGGAUGGAUAUUUUAAUGGAGUGAGGUGUAAUAGCAGAACAGUGCCAUGUCUCUGUCCUCACGAGCAUCGCUGCAUGCAGAUUAGAAAGGCUCUGUAGUGCUGCUACUGUAUGCCAGAUUUGCUAUUUGCUCUUGUUUGCAUGAUAGUAUUUCUAAUUUACUAAUAUGAUAUGGAAAUAAUGGCACAUCACCGAUCUUUCAACAUAUUGUAUCACUGCUUUAUCAUAUUAGGCUAAUACACUGCGAGAGUUGAUAGCACCUCUCCAUGUCAAAUGGGAAGCACAUCUCUUGGCACUGAACCGAUUGGACUCAAAGGUUGAUAAACUUAUCAUUAGAGAAUUGGCACGACGGAGACUCAACUUCAGCCUCUUGCAAGCAACCUAAUGGCCUCCGUUCAGAAAGUCAGUUCUUCUUGAAUAACUUUGAUGUUUAUAACAGAGAACAGACCUGUUAAAGCAUAGACAACCACAUGCCUGAAUAUGAGGCCUCCAGGAAGGUGUCAAAGGGCAUGACCAGUCUUUUGAAGAAUGCACCCUUUCCACAAUGGGACUAGGCACAAAGUCAGAUCCAGUCUACAUGGAGCACAUUUGCAGAAAAUACUGCCCCCCGCACGGGAGAACGGAAGGGGAAGAGGGUCUUGGCAGGGGAAGGGCUUUGAUGUCACUCAGUUUUGUUCUGCACACCUCGAGGAAAUAAAGAGGGAUUCAGCCAUGGUAACUGUAAUUUCCCAUUGCUUGUACUGAACUCCAGUGAACCCAUUCAGGCCAACCAGACAGAGUCAUGUCAUUUAAGCGUGCUUCACGUUAGUGAAGGAAGUUUCCUUACUGUGUCAUGCUAAACUAAGUGUGUUCUGUCAAGUGGAGGUAUGUACAGACCUUUCAGAGACUUCCAUUUAUCCAGUGGUUUGUACUGAAUUCCCAGAGGGUACACUGGCACUCGUUCGGAUGGUGACGGAGAAGAUACCUCACGCUGAGAUUUAUUAGACUCUGCAGUUAAACUCUUUGGUUCCUCUUUAUCUUCUAGGACUAAAACAUGUGAGUGAUGCUGCCUGGCCAAGCAGGCACAAAGUAUUCUCUGUGUAACACCCAGACUCCGGAGGGCUGUUUUGGGGCCAGUAUUUGUCUGGAUGUCACUCAAAGUAGAUUCAGAUAUUGUAUUUAUCAUUCUGUUCUGAGUCCCCUAUGGGUUGAUGUUUGCCUCUAUCUCUGUGAUUAGAAUGUGGAUUUUCCUUGAUAUAUUUGGCUAAGGGUGUAUUGUAAUAAUGUUAAUGCUAAUUACUUGAUAUUUCAUACUAUCUUACUGGGAGAUACUUUUAAAAAAUGUAUUUUGAAAUGUUUUAUUUCUGUUUGCUCAAUGUAUGGUAUUGCAUUAUGUUAAUACCAAUAAAAUUAUAUAUAUAUAUAUAUAUAGUUAUAUAUAUAUUUCCCUUUUAUAAAGAAGUAAAUUAUGCUUUUUUGCCUCACAAACAGGAAAUGUGCAGUGAAUAAAAUUACAGCAUUCUGCCUUACAGCAGGUGACAAAGCUUAUAAUAGUUUUAAUAUUCUUUUUUUGAAAAAUAAAAAGUAUAGUAUGACAUAAAUUAGUUGGAAAUUCAUCAAAAUGCAUGUUUUAUAUUUCUGCUCAAUGGGACUGUCACAAAACAGCCUAAAUUAUAUUAGCAAUGUUGUUUUGGCAUCUUUAAUUUUUUCUAAUCAGAAACAUGCACUGUAUUGCUAUUAUUGAUUACAAAACUGUACUGUCAUAAAUUUUUGCCUGUUGGCCAGAUAGACAAACCCUCUGAGUUUGUCUGUAGGAAUUGAUUUUAAAAUUUAAUUUAGUGCUCUUUCCAAUGCUUGGCAAAGGCAGAAUUUAUUUUUUAUAUAAGGUUGCCUUUGAAGUACCUGCCUCUGCCAGGAAUGAUAAAUCACUGCUAAGUACAUAAAGAUUCUGCAACCUGAAGGAUAUGUGAUUAAAGUCUUGUUGGAAUGGCCUGCAACCCCAGCCAGUCCUUUACAUUCUGUCAUUAAAUUCCAUAAUUAGUUAGAGGUGAAAUGUUUUGGAAAUGAAUUAGAGAAGCAGAAGCAAGGAUGUGACUCUAAAAUGUCCUUUGGCUGCCAUUUGGGGUAACACUGGUGGCUUAUUUGCUGCUCAUAGCCAAAGGCCAGCAUUUAUCUGCACUAAUGCCUAUUAGAUUGUCUUCAGCUUCCUCUCUUUCUUUUCCCCACCCUUUCUAACAUGUUGUAUUGAGUAUCUUUGUUUUGCAGAGGCAUUCAGAAGGGCUGUAAUUAGCAGUCCCUGGCAUUUAAUUGCAUACACAUUUGUUAAAUAUUUUUCUGUAUGCCUUAAAAUAAAGUAUAGAAAAUGGCAGUAAAUGUUUCUUUAAUGAAGGCAUUUGAUUUAUUCAUGAAGUCAGGAUUUUUUAAAGGUGUUAUUUUGGGCUUAAUAAAGGAAAUAAGCCAGCAAA